AUGGAGUACAUGCAUCAUAUUCAGGGCGUGGUCGUCCUCAAUGACUCAGGUAACCGCGUAUUUGUCAAGUAUUAUCUCAACGAAGAUAUGAAAGCACGUGGUGUGCUGACAACGUUAGAAAAACAACGCGCCUUGGAACGCGUUAUAUAUGACGCCGUUUCGGCGCCCAAACGCAAUUGGGCGGCAUCAAAGGACGGAGACAUCGUGCUUCACGAUGUUCACAGUAUACUGUUCCAUGUUUGGGGCAGUAUAACGUUCGCAAUUGUUGGUGACAUUAAGGAAAAUGAAAUGGUUAUGCACACCGUUCUUCGAUGCAUUGUUGACGCCCUGCAGCGGAUACUGAAAACGCAAGACAUCACUCACAAAGGUAUAUUGGAGAAAUACGAUGCGCUUGUACUGGCAGUGGACGAGGUAAUAGACGACGGCAUUGUUCUUGAGACGUCCGCACAGAACGUUGCUGAUGAUGUCGCACCAUUCAUGGCGGAUGCCGAGACCGAUACGGCUCGUUCGGCGCUCAGCAAGGUCAACGAAUACCUUAAGGAGAAUCUUUAA